AUGGCUCCCAAGGAGCAUCUCCAAGGCGCCGUGCCGUCACCGAGCCCGAGCCCGGCCGAUCAGACCACGGCCAUGUGCAGCAGCUCGUCUUCCGGCGACGAGUCUCCCACACAGGCCUUGUCCGCCGCCCUCGGCCCCUGUAAACUCCAAAGCCGGCCCGUCCCGGCCGCAGCCCCGGGCACCGAGGACUUGUCGUCGGACAAGCCCGAGCCAGCACCCGCGUCCUCGGGCCUUGACGCCGGCGCCGCCAGCAUCGCCUCCCUCGCGCCCGACUUCGAGGUCACGCUCGACGACGGCAAUGGCGAGGACCCCCGGGGCUGGCCGCUCUGGUACCGCUGCUGGUGCAUCGCCGUCGUCUCGCUGUGCUCCUGGGUCGCCACCAUGUACAGCACCAGCUACAACGCCUCGGCCCCGGGCCUCGUCGACGAGUUCGGCGCCUCGACGACGCUCGUCACCCUCGGCCUGACCACCUAUCUGCUCGGCCUGGCCGCCGGGAGCGUCGUCGUCGCCCCGCUGAGCGAGCUGUACGGCCGCCGCGUCGUCUACCUCGUCUGUCUGGCCGUCUGGGCCCUCCUCAUUGUUCCCUGCGCCCUCGCUCGCUCCUUGACCGUCAUUAUCGCCGUGCGGUUUAUCGGGGCCUGCUUCGGGGCCGUCAUGAUCUCCAACGCCCCCGGCAGCGUCGUCGACGUGUCCCACCCCGAAUAUCUUGCCAGGAGCAUGUCGCUCUUUGCCGUCGCCCCCUUCAACGGCCCCGUCACGGGCCCCAUCAUCGGCGGCUUCGUCUUCCAGCACAUGGGGUGGAGAUGGGCCACCUGGAUCGUCCUCGUCAUGGCGGGCCUGUGCGUCGCCCUCAUGCUGACCGUCAAGGAGACGUACGCGCCCACCAUCUUGAAGCGCAAGGCCGCGCGCCUGCGCAGGCAGACGGGCGACCCGCGCUGGUGGUGCCGGUACGACCAACAGCGCGUCUCGACCUUGCAGCUGCUCCGCGUCAACCUGAGCCGGCCGUUUGUCCUGUUUGCGACAGAGCCCAUCCUGUGGUUCAUGAAUCUCUGGAUCUCCAUCGUCUAUGGCAUCCUUUACCUCUGCUUCGUGGCAUACCCCAUCGUCUUUUCCCAGCACCGCGGCUGGGGCCCCGGUGUCUCGGGCCUGGCGUUUAUCGGCAUCGGCAUCGGCACCCUAGCCGCCAUCUUGGCCGAGCCUCUCCUCCGCCGUCUCAUCAACGCGCAGCCUCGCGACCCUGCCACGGGCAAGGCACAGCCCGAGGCGCAGGCCCUCGUCAUGGCCAUGGGCGCCGUCUCGGCCAGCAUCGGCCAGCUCGGCUUCGCGUGGACCUGCCUGCCCGCGAGCAUCCACUGGGCCGUGCCCGUCAGCUUCGGCGUGCCCUUUGGCUUCGGCAACACGCUCAGCUUCAUCUACGGGUGCAACUACCUGGCCGGCGCCUACGACGUCUAUGCCGCCAGCGCCCUGGCCGGCAACGCCGUCAUCCGCAGCGUCUUCGGCGGCACGCUGCCGCUGGCCGGGCCCAGCAUGUACGAGUCGCUGACGCCUCAGUGGGCGGGCACGCUGCUCGGCCUGCUCGAGGUGGUGACGAUUCCCAUUCCCCUGGUCUUUUGGCGAUAUGGGGGCAAGAUUCGCGCCAGGAGCAGCGUGCUUCGACAGCUCCAAGAGGAUCAGGACAGUAGAGAGGCCAAGAGGGCCCGUAGGCCAGAGAGGGGAGCGUGCCGCUCAAGAGGCUUCGGCCACCCUCGCCACCAGCCGGAAAGGGGCAGCAACGAGGCCGUGGGCGAUUAG